AAUCUAGAGACACCUUCCUGGAUGCUAAGGAUCAUAGCAAGAUCAAUUAUAAAAAAUCAUGAAUCUCCAAUCUAGUUAAAUAAUAAGUAAAUCUUGAAUCAAACAAUUCUACUAUAAUAAAAACCCAAGAAAUUACAUCAGUUUAUUAUGGCCAUCCAGCAACAUGCAAUGAGAUAAAAUUUAGGGGACCUGAAAAUAGACACUUCAAAAGAGCUCUCAAUUUCGUACUUGAAGCCUUUUCUCUCUCUACCCUGGUGAAAAACAACCUUUAUAUGAUUUAUAGAAAGUAUCAAAGCCCAAAAUCAGGAUCGAAAGAUGGAAGCUGAUGUAUCCAUUCUCAUCAAAAUCUAAACCCUAACAUAAACCAUAGCGAGAAAAAAAGGGACCAUUUUUGUCUUCUUUGUCAAUGGAAGGUGUUGUAGUCUUAUUGUUGUCUUUGUUGAGUUGCUGUUUGGUGGCAUCAGGUAAUGUUCUUUUGAUUGGCAAUAAUGUUACCAUGGCUUUCGAUGAUAUUGAAGCUAAUUUCGCUCCGGCAAUAAAGGGCUCAGGUGAAUGUGGGGUGUUGUAUUUGGCAGAGCCUAUUGAUGCGUGCUCGGAUUUGACUAAUCAAGCUGAAAAGGGUUCCAAUUGUAGCUCUCCAUUUGUGUUGAUUAUAAGAGGAGGAUGCAGCUUUGAGGAUAAAGUUAGAAGAGCACAAAAGGCAGGUUACAAAGCUGCUAUUAUCUAUGACGAUGAAGAAGGAAUCUUAGUCGCAAUGGCAGGAAACUCAGCUGGUGUAACAAUACCUGCCGUCUUUGUUUCUAAAACAUCAGGUGAAACGCUUAAGAAAUAUGCUGGGAUGGCUGACUUGGAGCUGUGGAUAAUCCCAAGCUUUGAAAAUUCAGCAUGGUCUAUUAUGGCAAUCUCUUUCAUAUCUCUUCUCGCAAUGUCUGCGGUAUUGGCAACCUGUUUCUUUGUCCGCAGGCAUCGCAUAAGAAGAGAGCGUCCUCGCUCUUCCCGUGUACGGGAAUUCCAUGGGAUGAGCAGCCGCUUGGUGAAGGCAAUGCCAAGCCUCACAUUUACUUCUGUUCUAGAGGAUAAUUGUACUUCAACUACAUGCGCCAUAUGCCUUGAAGAUUAUACUGUUGGAGAAAAACUCAGGAUUCUGCCAUGUCGACACAAAUUCCAUGCUUUCUGUGUGGAUUCCUGGCUUACGACAUGGAGGACCUUUUGUCCAGUAUGCAAGCGUGAUGCAAGAACUAGCACAGGUGAACCACCAGCAACAGAAUCCACACCAUUGCUUUCAUCCAACCCAUCCUCUUUGGCUUCAUCAACCAUGCUGUCAUCUUUUAGAUCUGGAACAUCAACUGCCAUACAAAUUACCCCAUCAAGGACCCCUUCAGUUUCUUAUAUUCCCUCUCUUUCUAGCACUCCUUAUGCCCAGCAGUCUCUUAGAUCCUAUCGGCACUCACCUUCCAUAGCUCUAAGCCAGAGUUCAGCUGAUCUUAGGAACAUGUCUUCCCAAAGAUCCCGUGCUUCCUUCUUGGUUUCACCCCAUUCUUUAGGCUACCCAUCAAUUUCACCCUUGAACACCAGAUACAUGUCUGCAUAUAUACCUAGCCCAAGUAAUGCCUCACCGAGUUUGGUUAGCUCGAGUCAUCAGCCACGCCCAUUGCAUUGCAGUGAGUCUGCUGCAAGUUUCUCUCCAUUUGCCUCUGCCCAGUCUCUUCCAGAUUGCUAAAUGAAAAUAUAACAUGCGAGUGGGAAGUCUAGAGUAACUGCACACAACUGCGGGAUGUGAACCAACAUGUCAGUUUCUAUGCACCUCUGAUUCACACCUUAUGGCAUUACAGCUUGGGUUCCUCUGAAUAUAAAUCGCUCGUCUUCUUGUGCCAUAUCAGAAUGGCGUUCUUUCUCUGCUUGAUUUGUACAUUGUAGCAUACAGUCAUGUCUUUUUUUAUCAAUAUUCAAGUGAGAGUUCUGGUCCUGACAGAUGAGGUCUGGCGGAUUCUUACUCAUCACCAUGUUUGAGUGUAUUCUUGCUGUAUUGGGUUGUUAAUUUUAAUCUUUUGAAUAGUUGUAUUGAUCAAUAUAGUUAGCCCCAAAGGCUCUAACCGUUGUACCA